GGCCUGGCGCGAGCGGCGCGGGAGGGGCGGGAGGAGUGCGGCCCCGGGAGGGCGCGGGCGGGCGGGCUCUGGGCCCAGUGGGUCCUAGAACCCGCCGGCUGUCCCGGCGGACCGGCUGCAGCAGACGCCUGUGCUCGGGCGGCACGGCUGCCCGCCUUGCGCCGUGCGCGCACGAGGGUCCUAGAGCCCGCCAUGUUGCAGGCUUUUGUCCCAGGCGUGCGGCCCGUCAAGCAAGGUCCCCGGCGCCGGCGUUCCCCCUCCCCAGUCGAGGUCCUGGCCGCCCCUCCCGCGGUCCUAGAGAACGCCAUCUUGCCGGCCUUUGUCCAAAGUAUGGCCUUCGGUCCAUUCAUUUGUUCAUUCUGUCAUCCUUCGUUCACUCCUUCUUGCCACGUUCUCCGGUGCCACGUUUUCCCAGGGCUUUUCCUGAGAAGAGGCAGCCCAGGGCCCUGCCCUGCGGGUCUGUCUGUCUGCCGGGGGUUCCGACACGUAGACAGUUGCAGGGAGCGAGAAUGCGCAAGGUUUCCGCAGCUCUCGGCUCUAACGACCUUAAAACUCCCACAUGCCUCAGAGACCUCAUUUUAAUGAUGAGAAAACUGAGGCCCAGAGAGCCAUGGCGCUCUUACCUCUAUAGUCUAUUAAGUAUUCCUGAGGGCACUGGGGAAGCAGGUAUUUGAAGGAUGCAAAAGAGUUUUCCCACGGGAGAAGGCAGAGGGAACUGCAUAUGGAGAUGUAUUUAGGUGGUGAAGUUUGAGAAUUGUGGCUGGAGCUAAGGUCGCUGUCGGGAGGGGCACACUGCCCCUGGAGAGAAGCCCCGCCCAUCCAGGCCAUGGAGGUAGAGUCUUCGGAGGAGAGGUCCCCAGCCCCAGGCUACAAGCGCUCUGGCCGCCGCUAUAAGUGCCUGUCCUGUACCAAGACGUUUCCAAAUGCACCCCGGGCAGCACGCCAUGCUGCCACACAUGGGCCUGCAGACUGCACAGAGGAGGUGGCCGAGGCAAAGCUGAAGCCAGAGACAGACCCCAAAGCGGAGGAUGCCAGCGGGGACAAGGUGUCAGGUGCAGCGGCGAAGCCUCGGCCGUAUGCGUGCCCGCUGUGCCCCAAGGCCUACAAAACGGCACCAGAGCUACGCAGUCACGGGCGCAGCCACACGGGCGAGAAGCCCUUCCCUUGCCCUGAGUGCGGUCGCCGCUUCAUGCAGCCCGUGUGCCUGCGCGUGCACCUGGCCUCGCACGCCGGCGAGUUGCCUUUCCGCUGCGCGCACUGCCCCAAGGCCUAUGGCGCGCUCUCCAAGCUCAAGAUCCACCAGCGCGGUCACACCGGCGAGAGGCCCUACGCCUGCGCCGACUGUGGCAAGAGCUUCGCUGACCCCUCGGUGUUCCGCAAGCACCGGCGCACGCACGCAGGCCUGCGGCCCUACAGCUGCGAGCGCUGCGGCAAGGCCUACGCGGAACUCAAGGACCUCCGCAACCACGAGCGGUCCCACACCGGCGAGCGCCCCUUCCUCUGCUCAGAGUGCGGGAAGAGCUUCUCCCGCUCGUCCUCGCUCACGUGCCACCAGCGCAUCCAUGCAGCGCAAAAGCCCUACCGCUGCCCAGCCUGUGGCAAGGGCUUCACGCAGCUCAGCUCCUACCAGAGCCAUGAGCGCACGCACUCUGGCGAGAAGCCCUUCCUUUGCCCCCGCUGCGGCCGCAUGUUCUCCGACCCCUCGAGCUUCCGGCGCCACCAGCGGGCGCACGAGGGUGUGAAGCCCUACCGCUGCGAGAAGUGCGGCAAGGACUUCCGGCAGCCGGCCGACCUGGCCAUGCAUCGGCGGGUGCACACGGGCGACCGGCCGUUCAAGUGCCUGCAGUGUGACAAGACGUUCGUGGCGUCCUGGGACCUCAAGCGGCACGCGCUGGUGCACUCCGGCCAGCGGCCCUUCCGCUGCGAGGAGUGCGGGCGAGCCUUCGCCGAGCGAGCCAGUCUCACUAAGCACAGCCGGGUGCACUCGGGUGAGCGCCCCUUCCACUGCAACGCCUGCGGAAAGUCCUUCGUGGUCUCGUCAAGCCUGAGGAAGCACGAGCGGACCCAUCGCAGUAGCGAGGCCGCAGGGCCUCCCCCGCAGCAGGAGCUGGUAGUGGGGCUAGCGCUGCCGGUCAGUGUGGCAGGCGAGGGCUCAGCGGCCCCGGCAGCAGGGGCGGGGCUCGGGGACCCUGCAGCAGGGCUGCUGGGGCUGCCCCCGGAAUCGGGUGGUGUGAUGGCCACCCAGUGGCAAGUGGUGGGCAUGACCGUGGAGCACGUGGAGUGCCAAGAUGCUGGGGUUGGGGAGGCUCCUGGUCCCUUGGGGGGGGCAGGCGAAGUGGGGGGUGAGGAGGUGGAUCAGAAACCACCACAGUUUGUAUGCCGGGAGUGCAAGGAGACGUUCUCCACGCUGACGUUGCUGCGACGGCACGAGCGCUCACACCCAGAGCUCCGGCCCUUCCCCUGCACCCAGUGCGGCAAGAGCUUCUCAGACAGGGCUGGGCUGCGCAAGCACAGUCGCACCCACAGCUCUGUGCGCCCCUACACCUGCCCCCACUGCCCCAAGGCCUUCUUGAGUGCCAGCGACCUGCGCAAGCACGAACGCACCCACCCUGUGCCCAUCGGGACCCCCACGCCCCUCGAGCCCCUCGUGGCUUUGCUAGGAAUGCCUGAAGAGGGCCCAGCCUGAGGCCCAGGCCCCCUCUGCCACACUCCCGGGAGCUCUGCCCCUACAGGGUGCUUCCUGAACCUCCCUUUGCCUCAGCUCACUCUUAGACUCCAGAUCCAUUCCAUCGCCCCAGGCAGCUAGCUCACCUUCCUGACAAAGAGCUGGGGACAGUGGAGGCUGGCAGCAGCCUGCGAGAGACAUGGCUCCCUCUGAGCACCACUCAUUAAAACAUUCACUUUGACACUGGGUUGUCUUCUGUGUUCUGGUCGGGGGUAAGUAAUGGGAGUUUGGGCAUUAGAUAAGGUUCCGUGGAGAUCCCUGGAUUGACAGAUUAGAAACUAGAAGGGUCUUUGGGUGCACUGUUUUCUCUAAAUAUGUUUCAGAAUGUCUUGUGACAAAGGGUUCCGUGGUCAAGUAAGUACAGGAAAUUCCUGUACCCUUCUUGGGAAUUCUUGGUGAUCAAAGUAUAUUAAAGUCAUCGAUAAGUCCUGCAA